GCCUCCUAUCUCUGUGCCAUUCUCUGCCAGGGCCAGCGCCACCCCUUAACUUGAUAUCUGUUUACUUUAGAGGAGGUAGUUUUGAGAAACGUCAUAAAUAUCCUGGCCGGGUGCCCCAGGAGCCAUGACAAGCAGAACACGCCUGCCCAGAGAUAGCCGUUGUGAUAUUUGAAUGUGCAGGUUAAUUUUUUAUCUACUUUAGUAACCGGAUUGUUUUACUCGUCUGUUUCUUUGCUUUCUUUUCCGCUCUGAAGCUGCAGGCACAGAAAUCUCUGCAGACAAAUUACUCCGUAGCACAUUGCCGGACAGGCCUGUGCAGCUAAAUUCACAGCAUCUGGAGCCUGACCCACUUCCGACAUGGCAGGUGUGAGUGGCUGCAUAAAAUAUUCUAUGUUUAUCUUCAACUUCUUGUUCUGGCUGUGUGGUAUCUUGAUCCUGGCAGUAGCAAUCUGGAUACGAGUCAGCAAAGAUGGUCAAGAGGUCCUCACCUCUGGGGACUCUGACGCUAACCCCUACGUGGCUGUGAACAUCUUGAUUGCGGUGGGCGCCGUCAUCAUGGUUCUGGGCUUCCUGGGCUGCUGUGGCGCCAUGAAGGAGAGCCGCUGCAUGCUCCUCCUGUUCUUCAUAGGCCUGCUUCUGAUCCUGCUUCUCCAGGUGGCAGCCGGCAUCCUGGGGGCCGCUUUCAAGUCUCAGACUCAGCGCAUUCUGAAUGAGACCCUCUAUGAUAACGUGAAGCUUCUGAGCACAGCAGAUGAAAGUGGGAAAUCCUUCCAGGAAGCUCUGAGUGAAUUUCAGGAAGAGUUUAAAUGCUGUGGAUUGGUCAAUGGCGCUGCUGACUGGGGAAGUAAUUUUCAACAACAUUACAAGUCCUGUGAAUGUACAGACACAUCAGGUUCAUCUUGUACAACUUAUGAUAAUAAAAGCGUUUACAAACAGCCAUGCAUUUCUUUGAUAAAAGACUUAGUUGCAAAACAUAUUCUCGUGGUUAUUGGAAUAGCGUUUGGACUGGCAGUUAUUGAGAUACUUGGUCUGGUAUUUUCCAUGGUCUUGUACUGCCAGAUCGGGAACAAGUGAACCCAGGGAUGUGUCAAGCUCCCAUCAGUCAAACUGCUUUAAAGUCUUGCUUUGGCUUUGUGACUAAAUAUCUGAGAGCUGUAUAUGUCAGGAGCAGCUGUCCUAUUAAAACGCCUCAUUUCGCUGGACCACAGAUAUCUUCCAGACAUAGUGAACAGAUUUAAGAUUCGAGUGACACAAGGAAAAUGACACGAAUGUGCAUUUUUACUCAAAAUAAAACUAACAUUGUUUACA